UAAAAACAUUUAUUUUUGAAAAGGAUAUUUUUUAAAUUAUGCAAUAAAAGACACAAUAACAAUGACAACAAAAGUAAUGAUAGUUCCCCCAAUAUACAAGCGAAUUCUUUCAAGAUUUCCACAGAAUACAACGUUUUGUUUUGCUUAUGGAUCAGGAGUUAAAAAACAACUUCAAAAUACAUCUCAAAAUAUGAUUGAUCUAAUUUUUUGUGUAAAUAAUCCAUCUCAUUGGCAUGAAUCUAAUAUAAAGAAGAACCCAUCCGAUUACAGUAGUUUAAAGUAUUUUGGACACAACUUUGUCUCCCAGUAUCAACAAAAUUUUGGAGCCAAAGUGUAUUUUAACACACUGGUUCCUCUGGACAAUUUAUAUAUAAAGUAUGGAGUUGUUAGUACCACAGAUUUGAUUACCGAUUUGUUAGAAUGGUCUGACUUAUACUUAGCUGGUAGACUGCAUAAACCAGUUGAAAUAAUUGAGAAGCCUCUCAGUACAGAAUUAGAAACUGCUUUACAGUUAAACCUCCAAUCAGCAGUACAUGCAGCUCUUUUAAUACUUCCGGAAAACUUCACAGAAUAUGAAUUUUAUCAUACAAUAUCUAAUUUAAGUUACAAUGGAGAUUUUCGAAUGACUUUUGGCGAAAAUAAAAAUAAAAUUGAAAACAUUGUAAGACCCCAGUUAUUAAGUUUCCGAAGUUUAUACCAACCCUUGAUCAAAACUCUGCAGGAUUAUGUUGACAUUCCUAUACCAAAAUGUGACCCCAAUAUUGAAAGUGAUAUGUCAAAAGAUAGUAUAUUAUUAGAAAGAAAUCCUUGUAGUCAGGAUUACAGUCCUGUUGCCCGAUUACAUCAUCUUAAUCAGCUACCACGUUGGCCCCUAAAGGCCUUAACAAGAUAUUGGAAUAGGGGUAAUUUUCAGCAAGAUACUGAAGAUGUGUUACGUGCAAUAGCUUACAAUCCAGAUUGUGGACAUAUUGUUAAAAAGUGUAUAUCAAACAUAGUUUGGAAAUCAUCUGUAAGGCAGAGUAUUAAAGGCAUUUUUACAGCUGGAGUUUUUAAAAGUGUUAAGUAUAGUAGCAGGAAAAUAAAGAAAAUGUUUAAAUAAUUUAUGUUUAUUUUCUGAUCGGUACUCACCGGAGGGACCACAGACGUUCGGAUACAAUUAGCGUCUCUUUGCAAAGACAAUGAUGUCGACUUCACAAAGUAACAAGACACUUACUCAACACACACACUACACAUUACACCUGAGUUAGUGAUAAGUUAUACAAUUACGUGGCUAAAGGUUCUAGUUCUAAACCAAGGCCAGAAUCAGAGAAAAAAAUGUUUAUUUUCUUAAAAUUACAUAUAGAAUAUAAAAGUAUGGUUCGUAGAGUAUCAAUACCAUUGAACGUCCUCUGCGUCAUAGCAAGUGACAUCAAAUAAUACUAACAAAAAAUAUUUAAGUCAUAGGUCUGUUCCUUUUUAGAAUCGUUUAGCCAAGUACUGUGGAAUUAGAGCCCUUAGACAUAAUAUUAUAUAAUCUACAAAUAAUAUUUGAAGAUUUCUGUUAAUGUAAACUUAAAGAAAUAAACCAUAACUCUUUCAUUUAA